CCUGGAACGAGGCUCGAAACCUCGUUCAAAACGUGUUUUAGUUGUGUCGUGGGUAGCGUGGAAGGUUUGGGCAUGAAUUACUGCUAUUUUGUCGAAAAUGCCCGACGUUUUGAGCUGUAAGGAAGAAAAUGAGACGCGUAGAAAACGAAAAGAUUCUAAAACGACCGGGAAAUGUAACAUUGCCGCAGAAAACGGUGAACUUUUGAAUGGACUUUCGGCAGCACCCGACGAAAAACCGCCGGUGACGGCUACGAGAGACGAAUUUGGCUCACAACUGAAAAUAAUCCAGAUAAAUGAUCAAGUUCGAGAGCUACAGACAAUUUUGAGAGACAAAGAAACAGAGAGAGGAGACUUUGUCUUUUAUGCUGAUCGCCUUAUAAGACUGGUGGUAGAGGAAGGUCUGAACCAGCUUCCAUAUGAAACCUGCACAGUGAAGACACCCACUGGAGCCUCAUAUGAAGGGUUAGCUUUUCAGAGAGGAAACUGUGGUGUCAGCAUUAUGCGAAGUGUAAAGGUUUAUUAUGCAAAGUUCCCUCCUGGUAUUGAUCAAAGAAAAGUUCUUCUUAUGUAUCCUCUCCUAACAGAUUCAGGAGCUACUGUAAUAACAGCCAUCAAGGUUCUUCUUGAUCAUGGUGUUAAACAGGAAAACAUUCUUCUUUUAAAUGUAUUUGCCACCCCAAAUGGUGUGAAGCAGCUACUGAAAAACUUUCCAUCUGUUACCAUUCUGACGUCAGAGGUGCACUCAGACUGCCCCUCAUAUUUUGGACAGAGAUAUUUUGGAACAGAUUAAUGUUGCAGUAGACCUAGAAAUGCACUGUCCUUGAAGCUCUAGUCUCCUCUUUGCCAUUGAUUCCACAACAGUUGUUUGUGAAUCAUAAAUUUUUCUUUUAUUUUGGUUUUAAGGGCUCAUCCUAAAUGUACAUGUAUGUGUAGUGGAUGAAAGCAAAAUGCGUACUGCAGAAAGAAGCAAAACCAUGUGUCACCAAGGUUUCUAUAGACUGUUGACCCCGUAAAUCCCUAAAUUGGUUUGGAUUAAUUUGUAUUUAAACAUGUAUUUACAAGUAUGGAAACUCUCAACCCAAAGCAACUAAAUCUACCUAUUGAACUCAAACAUUAAAAAUUCUAUUUUCAUAUUACAUAAACUACAUUAUACUCCUGCUCUAUUCUGCAGGCUCGAUGACAGAAAGAAUACUAGGCUUGAGAGUGUCAGAAAUAGAAAUUGACCCUCUGGUAUGUACUCUAUGGGCAGUAUUUCCCAAACUUUAAGGAACAAACUUUAAGUAAAAUCAACCC